AAAAAAGAUAUCCACUACAAGUGGAUUCACAACUUGAAUUUGCUAGGGAAAGGCAUCCACGAUGCAAGUGAAUUUUCAACACAUAUGACAUACUAGUGUAUUGGUGGCAUCAAUGGUUAGUGAAACCUCGAGGGUCUCCCUAAAAUUAGCUUGGCUAGAAGACCACCCCACCCCCUUCAUCCCUCUUCCAUUUUCCUCUUUAGGAAAAGUCAUUCAAAGAAGAGUUUGAAACUUUUUGAAAAUCCAUGCUAAACUAUUCCCUAAUAGUGCUUGAAUAUUAUUUUUAAGAGGUAGAUCUAGAAAACUUUAGAAAUACGAAAAUCUUGUCAGCUAUUCAAUUUUGAAAAACAAAAGAAAGGCAAAAGUUUCCAUUUCAUUUUCCAGAUUCCAAGAAGUAAUAAUAUGUGGGUCCCUGACUUUACCCUUUCAGACAUCCAAGCUGUCUUCCUCAAACCCUCAAGCUAACAUCACAUGUGCUUUUCUCCGUAGUACUCUGUAUCCACAGUGUCUGCUCAAUUCACACUAAAAACCAGAAGUAGCAAAGUUAAAAGUAAAAAACUGAAGAUCCCAAAGCUAAGGCUACCUAUUUCUGUCUAUAUUUUCACAUUACAUCACAACAAUUAUCACAUAACAAGAAAGCUUCAGAAAUAGUGUUGUAACCAAAUGUUCUCUGGAUUACCAAAUUAUUGUUAUCUCCUUUUCUUGAGUUUUCUUCUCUACUUGACAACAUUGUGUUUAGCAGGAGACCCUUAUAUACAUUAUGAGUGGACUGUUUCUUACAUUAAAGCUUCUCCUCUUGGAGUUAAGCAACAGGUGAUUGGAAUAAACGGUCAAUUUCCAGGACCCAUUCUCAAUGUCACUACUAACUGGAAUGUGGUUGUCAAUGUUAAAAAUGAUCUUGAUGAGCCUAUGCUUCUUACAUGGAAUGGCAUCCAGCAGAGAAAGGAUUCAUGGCAAGAUGGUGUAUCUGGCACAAAUUGUCCCAUUCCUGCUGGCUGGAAUUGGACAUAUGAAUUUCAGGUUAAAGAUCAGAUAGGCAGCUUCUUUUAUUUCCCUUCCUUACGCUUCCAGAGAGCUUCUGGUGGAUAUGGAGGGAUCACUAUAAACAACAGAAAUAUCAUUCCUCUGCCGUUUGCGGCACCAGAUGGGGACAUCACACUCUUUAUUGGUGACUGGUUUAUAAAGAGUCAUAAGGAACUCAGACAAGACAUCGAAAAUGGAGUUGCCCUUGGCGCUCCUGAUGGUAUCCUAUUCAAUGGACUAGGUCCCUACCGUUAUGAUAAUGCCCUUGUAUCAGGCGGUAUAUCCUACCUGACAGUGAAUGCAGAACCAGGCAAAACGUACCGCCUUCGAGUACACAAUGUUGGUGUUUCAACUAGCUUGAAUUUCAGAAUCCAAAAUCAUAACCUUCUUCUUGUGGAGACUGAAGGUUCAUACACAGUACAACAGAACUACACAAGCUUGGAUAUCCACGUCGGUCAAUCAUAUUCAUUCCUGGUCGCAAUGGAUCAAAAUGCCGGCAGUGAUUAUUACAUUGUUGCCAGUCCACGCUUUGUUAAUUCCUCUGAUUCAUCAAAGUCGGUAGGAGUCGCUGUCUUGCAUUACUCAAAUUCACAAGGACCUGCUUCAGGUCCUCUUCCAGACCCUCCUAAUGAAUCUGACCCAUAUUUCUCAAUGACUCAAGCGAAAUCCAUAAGAUGGAAUGUUUCUGCUAGUGCUGCACGGCCAAACCCCCAAGGAUCCUUCAAAUAUGGUGAAAUCACUGUGACUGAUGUGUUUGUCCUUCAUAAUAGGCCUGCAGAGCUAAUAGAGGGGAAGUGGCACACUACUCUCAGUGGUAUUUCAUACUUAGCACCAACAACACCUUUAAAUCUUGCUCAGCAAUUUAACAUCCCAGGUGUUUUCAAGCUUGACUUCCCCAAUAAAAUGAUGAACAGGCCAGCAAAAGUUGAUACGUCUGUAAUUAAUGGUACUUACAAAGCAUUCGUGGAAAUCAUAUUCCAAAACAAUGAUACAACUAUUCAGAACUAUCAUCUGGACGGCUAUGCCUUUUUUGUUGUCGGUAUGGACUACGGGGAAUGGACAGAGAAUAGUAGAAGCACCUACAACAAAUGGGAUGGUGUUGCUCGAUGCAAUACCCAGGUGUUUCCUGGUGCUUGGACUGCGAUUUUAGUCUUCCUAGACAAUCCUGGCAUUUGGAACUUACGUGCUCAAAACCUCGACUCAUGGUACCUUGGCCAAGAAACUUAUGUUAAUGUGGUGAAUCCGGAGACCCCAGAGCUUCCAGUUCCAGCAAACACCAUCUAUUGUGGUGCACUGGCACCUUUACAGAAUAUCUCAUUUGCAGGGACCAAGCUCGGAGAGUAAAUUUCUCUGGUGCAUCAUCAUUGACAAAAACAAUCAAGCUGAUCUUCAUAGGUUUUGUUGUAUCACUACUUGGGAGUUUUAUGAGGUAGCAAAUUGACCUGAAAGCAGCAGAGAAGUUGGAAAUUGCCACUGAAUGAGUCUUUGAGCUAACUGGUUUUCUUUUGUGGUUUGUAAUAUGUAAUUAGUUGAACCAUAUAUUUAGGUAUCUCCACGUUAACUGUGAAUCAAUUUGUGUUUCUUGUACGGUUUAAUAUUAGUCAAAUGUAUUUAAAGAAACAUUAUUCUUGGUA